AUGUUCACACGUCUCUUCUUCCUGGCCGAUGAGAUCGCAGAUAAACUGGACACGGUUGGUAUUGAAGUGGGAGACGACUGGCACGAGCGUGAGCGGGACGAGUUUUUUUGGACAUACUGCGGUGAUUGGGAGAAGCGGUCGAUUGACUGCGUUGAGCGCACGUACAUGGCGACUCGUGAUGAGGUUCGCUGGUACGUAGAGAAUGAUGUUGACAAGGAUGGGAAUGCUAUAAUGGAAGCGUCGGUGGCUGGGAGUGAUGGCGAAGUCAGCGAUGGACAGGAUGGCGAGAAUGAGCAGACUGAGGACGACAUGGAUGAAGAGGUGGAGGACUGA